AUAAACUUUUUUUAAUUACAAUAGAAAACUAUGCAAAUAUAUAUAAAUGUGUAUAUGUUAUAUAAAAAGAAGCUAAAAAAAAAUGCAGAAGGACAAAUACGAGAAAAGGGGGGAAAUAGGAGGCCGAUAUGAUAAGGCGAGAAGGAAGAGGAAAGACGGCAUUAGUUAUGGAGGGAAAGUGGAUAGAGAGAAGGUGUGAGAGAAAUAGAGAGAGAAGGUGUGAGGGUUAGAAAGAAAUAUAGAGAGUAAGAGAAAAUGAUAGAGAGGAUCAAAUAUAGAAAGUUAGAACCGGGUUAGGAUGUUUGAGAGUGAUGAAGAGAGAGAAGAGAGAAAGAAAGAAAAUGAAAUAGAGAGAAAGUUUGAGAUAGAUGGACAGAAAUAUAUAUUUAGAUAGAUAUAGAGGGGGGAAAAUUAGAUAGAGAAGGAAAGACAAAGAGUAUACGAUAUAUAUAUAAAGAGAGAGUAUAUUAAUUGUAAAAUAGAGUCAAAUUGAAAGAGUGAUUUGAGUGAUAGAAAGAGAGAGAGAAGUAGUGGUAGGUAGAAGAAGAAAGGCUAAUGGGAAAAGUUGGGGUAAAAAAAAAAGAAGAGAAAGACGAACAAGAAAGUGUGAAAAACAAGAAAAAUAAUCUCAGUGAGUGUUGGUAGAGAUAUAUUAGCCAUUAGGGAAGUAUAUUAUAGAAGUACUAGUGUGUCAGUUUUGUCGUUUAACUGAGAUAUUAAAACAUUGGUUAAAAACCUAACGGGGUGUUGGAUAUACACAUAUAUAUAUAUGCAGUAUUAUAGGUGUGUAUAUAACUAUACAAGACACGUUAUAGAAUAACAAAUACAAGUGAGAAAUAGAAGCGUAUCGGAUAAUAAAUCUGUGAUAUUUUUUUGCUAAAUAGUUUCUUCACCUCCUACGUGUGUCGUUUUUUUUUUUCAUUUCAGGACGACGACGACAUUAGGUGGAGGUGUUAGAAAAAACUGUUAACGUUGUUAGUUUGUUAAUAUUUCACUCGAAUCUAUUCUUUACUGGUGGUCAUUGACAAGGAUCUUACAAUACAACAAUCCCUCUAUAACUGGACUAUACCAUACAUAUAUCAUAGUACUACAUUUCUAUAUAGUACUAUAUAUAUAUAGUACUGUAGUUACUACGUCUGAACGGACAUAUAUAUACUUAUAUACAGUCAGAGAACGAACUAGAGAACUAAGGCGGAUACAAGUAAGGGAGAAAGUGGGACUAUAUAUAUAUAUAUACAUAUAUAUAUAUACCUGGUGAUAUCUCUCUAGUGAGUGUAUAUAUAUGUGGGAGUGUAUGCGGGCGUGUGUAUAUUAGUGUUUAGUGAUUAUUGUGGAGUGAACUAUGGCCAAACUGGUUGCUGUUUGUCGUUCCGACGACUACCAGUUUGAAAGACGGCAACUUCCUCUUGUUAUGGACGAUACAUUAACUAUGGUGAUACAAUUCAGUGAUAAAUGUGCAGAUUGUGAACAUGUUUGUGGUGUGAAGCAGCGUGAAUUGGAACCGUUUAUCCAAAAGUUCAACAUUUUGACUAAUGAAGAAAAGCGGGUUGCAAUGAUGGUAACGAGUAAAGGAAUCCUCCAUCUCUUAUCACAAACAGUUCCUUGUGUCGGAUGUCGACGAAGUGUUGAACGGUUAUUUAAUCAGCUUGUCCAAUUCCAGCACCCAGCUCUAGAGCCACUUAUUAUCACAGACGAUGGUGUAUUGUCUGUUAAAUCUGAGUACCUCUGUGAUCCUAAAGCCUUGUAUAUUUUAUUUUACAUUCAUGGGGCAAAAUUGAAUUCUGUGAUGGAAUCUAUACCAAAAAGCAAGAAAAAUAAGCGAUGUAAUCUUCACUCCUUAGAUACACACAAAACAAGACCAUUUGCUAGCUGGAUUGAUAUAUGGGAUCUGUUAUCACAAGAGUGCAGAGAAGAAGUUGUGUUGGUUGAUGUUGACGGACUGCAAGAUACUUUAGAAGCUUAUCUACGUAAACACCGGUUUUGUGCUGAAUGUAAAUCUAAAGUUUUGCGUGCAUUUGGUAUAUUAAUAUGUGAAGUAGACUACACAAAGGAGAAAGGCUAUUGUCCUUCAUUGUACGACCAUUUGCGAUGUUGUCCUCAAGAGAGGCAUAUACAUAUUGAAUGUGAUACAGAAUUUCUCUCCCGGCUCAUUGGUAGGGCUGAACCAGAGCUAGCUGGCAGUAGCCGACGUGAUAGACAUGCGAAGACACUUGACAUUGCCCAAGAAGAGGUCCUUACUUGCCUUGGCAUCCAUCUACAUGAAAGAAUGUAUCGAAUAUGGCGGGAAUUAAAAGCUGAAGAGCAAACUUGGCAGAUAUUGUUUUAUUUAGGAAUUAAUGCCUUAAAGAAAGGCUUUGAGAUGGAAUUGGAACGAAAGCAGGGAGUGUCUAACUUGGAACUAAUGUGUGAAGAACUACUCGAAGAAGAACGACUACGUGAACAAAAACGAGAACUAAAACGAGAAAAAAGGAAAAAGCGGCGAGCUAAAAUCCAGCUGUCCGAAGUGGAUUCCCCUCCCCUCACCAAACAAAUUUCCUCGGAGUGCAAAUGUGAUAAUAGUCCAAAGAAAAGUUCUAGAAUUUACAAUGGUCGUCACAAGGAAAUCUCCAGAAGCGAUCAUGACAUGAAACUGGUUUCCAUAGAGAACUGUCAGAAGGCAACCAAUGAAAUUUAUCGAAAGGUGGCAGAUAUGAAGGCGCCCUGUUGUGGUAAGGCUGUGUCGAAAUCUAGGGUACUACAACGAGAGCAGUCUACAUCGCCGCCAUCUCUGCUAACACACCGGUGCGGUCGCAGAUGUCGACCAACAACAACUUCAAACAUCGCCACUAAAACCACUAGUAGUAGUAGUAGUAGUAGUAGUAGUAGUAGCAUUAGUAGUAGUAGUAGUAAUAGCAGUAGCAACAGCAGCAAUAGCAAGCAUACAAUGACUACAGAAGCAGAUGACUAUGAUGAUGAUGAGUACUACAACAUGAGCCGGUGUUGUGGCCUGGUUCAUAACGUAGAUAGGAUGGCUACCUCUUCGUCAUCAUCAUCUUCAUCCUCGUCCUCAUCAACUACUACAACUUUAAAUUCUGUUGGUUCCAACUACACGACAAGUAAUGGAAGUGAUUGUGGGUACUCGUCAGGAGCAGAAGGCUGUGAAAAUUGUGGACUACAAGGUUCCAAUGAGAAUGCAGAUGUGAUGUGUUUAGAAGACUUUCUUCAUCAAAAAGGUGACUGUGAUGGUUUAGAAAAUUCAGUGUCUCUAGGUCUUAGCCCUUGGAAUAAUUGUCGGGUAAAUCGAAAUUCUACUCUAAAGGAUCAGUCUCCUGAUCAGUGUAAUAAAUUGAAUAACAGAAAUGAGUACUACUUCCAGAAACGGCCUGAGAGAAGACUUCAGAAAGAGACCUUAUCGUUACAAGAUAUGUUAGAUUCUUCUCAUUUAUCAGAGGACGAUGUGAUUUCAGAAGAAGAGAUUAAGAGAUUCCGAGAGAAUGAGACAACCAACCUUCGCUUGCGACAAGAACUUCGAGAGAAACUCCGUCAGCGUUUCAACCAGAUGCAGUUACAGUGCAGCAUUCAGACUGUGAAGUAGUUUGUAUUAGCUACAACCUCUGUCUGCACUUUGUUACCUUUUUUUUUUUUUUUUUUUUUUUU